AGAAACUGUGACUUACGCGUCAUUGUCACGACGCAGGACUCCAGCCUCUGUAUUAAAGUCGCGAGUUAGCAGUCAGCAUGUCCUGGAUCGCUUCACGAGCUGCCGGAAGCUCAUCAUCCGCAGAUGUCUCGUUCAUGAACAUGCGGGACAUUGCGGAACACAUACGAUCAACCUUCGAGCUCCUCAUCGAGCUCCACGACUUCGAUUGGACUCAGGAAGGUAGAACGACUGUUUUGCGAACUCUUUACUCGAGUAUGUUUGGGAAUUACGGGCACUAUUUUUCCAGCGAGCCUCCAGGAAGGGGAGUUCUUCUAUCUGAACAUCAGGCAAAAACUUAUCCAUCCCAAAAUAAUGAUAUUCCUGGCAUGCCCUGUGGCCACAUCUUCAAGAGAGGCGAAUGCUGUUAUAAAUGCAAGGAUUGUGCUGUGGACGAUAGCUGCGUGCUAUGCUCGCGGUGCUUCCAUGCUUCCAGUCAUGAGGGCCAUAAUGUAUCGUUCUACAUCUCCCUGCAACCAGGGGGUUGCUGCGAUUGCGGAGACGAGGAGGCCUGGAGUAGCGACAUAAAAUGCAAGCUUCACCCCUUGGGGUCAGUUUUGCCUCCAGCCCGUCAGGAACUCCCUCCCGAACUGGUAGGACUCUUGAAGAGCGCCUUGAACUGUGUUGUUGAUUACAUACUCGAUACAUUUGAUGACUCUCCUGAGGAAGCACUGCCCCCUGCGGAUGAGACUAGUAUCAUUGGCCCGCCAAAUGAUCUUCACCGAAACGGACCUUACGCGGUGGUUGUGUGGAACGACGAGAAACAUUCAUUCGAUGAGGUUACAUCUCAGCUACUCGAUCUUACGGAUCAUACACCGGAGCAAGCCUUUGCUUUGACUGAUAAAGUCGAUGCUGAAGGGCGAGCAGUUAUCAGUAUCAUACCGCAUCUGGGAGUUGCAAUGGGAAUCGCAUCAAGAUUAUACCAGAUUGACCUUGGGGUAACCGUCAGGAGAGCCAGCGAUACCUUUCGGGAACAGUUGAGCGCAUUCCUAAUCGAGUGGCUUGUUGACUUGACAAGAUGCACGAUAAAUGGAACCGAUGCGAUCACCUUGAAGGAGCUUGUCGCCUCAUGCCUCCUUGACGUUAGGCCCAGACAUGUACCUUUCCUCCACCCAAACCUUCCUCACAGCAACCUAUCAAGAUUAGAGUGGCUCUUCUCAUUUCACACCCGUUUCUGGAGACGACCACGUCUCAUUCUGAAGGAUCUUUAUAUCACAUUGAUCAGCAUCAGCCAUCAUCACAAGGUUGCUGUAGCAUCACGUUUUGCUACCGUGUACAACUGCCUAAUGGAUUCGUACCUUCUUGUGGAUAGAGAACCUGAUACAUCUGUGAAAUAUUUCGCGGUUCAGCUCUUCACCGUGCCGUCAGUAGCUGGGCAUAUCGUAAGGAACCAAAGGAUCAUCGAUCGUCUAUUGAACAUCAUCGUGGCAUUCUUCACGAACCAAAUAUCGAACAAGGUGAUCGAAGCUUACCCUCGACGCGACCGGGACGUGAAUAUUGAUUCACCUCCAUUCCGAUCCAAACGAUUCAUGCCUAUAUUCAGUGAUCUGCGGCAUCUUUGUGGCAAUGGAACUGUUCAAAAACUCAUCGCCUCGGAUGACACAUACAUCACGAACUUUACCCGUGUUUGUCGGCUGUUCGUUGGGAUUAACCCGAACAAACGAGCAUCAGAAACGCAUGUCGAGUACGAGCAAGACUCUUGGAUCAGUGUCUUCAAUGUAACCCUAUCCCUGUCUCGAGUGGCGAAGGCGUACGCUGAAGCGUUUAAGUAUGCGACGACAGCUAGCUUGUGCAAUGCAAUCAAGAUGGUUGCACAGGAAAUCAUCAGUGUAUGCUCUUUGCAUUCUCGGGGGCUCGAUUUAACAAAGUAUGAGCCACUUGAGUGGCGCGAGAUACAAAUGUGUGGUCAUCGUCAUUCGAUCAUCGAUUUCGAUGUCUUGUCGGGCAAUGUCAGCUUUCAUCACUCGCAGCACUGGCUUCUCGCCGAACUGAUCAAGCAUGUCAAUAUCCUGACGACCGAAAAUCUGCGUAAGGAGGGCUACAACGAUCUUAGAGAUGUUCUCCUCCGCCUUUUUGAACCUUCUAACAUAUUGAUCAUCAUGGAGUUCCCUUUACGGGUUCUUGUUAUGGUAGCGCAAAUACGUUCCGGCCUGUGGGUCAGGAAUGGGUUAGCUAUACGCGGCCAAUUACUGCAUUACCGAGACUUUAUGCUUCGUGAGCUGUGCUACGAUCAGGACUUGUUCAUCAUCCAGACCGCUUUUGUGCUCCUGGAGCCGAACAUAGUCUUUGUAUCCAUCUUGCACCGGUUUCAACUCAUUGAGUGGUUUUCUGGGAAUAUUGCUCAGACCGUUUAUGACGAUCCGCAACAGCGAACCUCUAUGAUCGAAGAGUUUCUUUACGUGAUUAUUACGUGUCUCACUGAAUACGCCAAUGCCAAAAAUCUCACUGUUGAAGACGUUGUCAGGAGGGAGGCAAUCCAUGGGCUUGCAUGCGGGGCGUGUUCGUAUACGGAGCUAUGCAAGCGGGUUGCAGAACGAAUUAUCGACGAGCCUUCAUUUGACAAGGCCCUCUCCGGGAUAUCAAAUUUCAGAGCCCCCGAAGGUACCACUGACGUGGGUAUCUACGAACUCAAGGACGAGUUGUGGGACGAAGUUAACCCCUUUUUCUUCCACUACUCCCGGAACCGUCGCGAAGAGGUCGAAGCCGCCCUCGAGACGAGGAUCACCAAGAAGACCGGCAAUCGCUCAUCAGUCGUUGUUCCUCGGGCUAUCAAUGUUACUGAAGGGCCUUUCACCGAAUUGAAUAAAGCAUUCACAUCCCGUGUGUUCUUGCAGAUCCUGGUCGUUGGCAUCUUCAAUAUCACGCAGACCCCAGUAGAUGCUUCACACUCCAGUGAUGCCACGUUGGACCAAAUCCUACACCUCUUAUUCCUUGCGCUAGUGGAACAACCUGUCGCGUUUUCUUCGUCGGCUGGCCAGAUUACUUUCUCCGAAGCUAAUGAUCGAUCGCUGUUCAUGUUGCUUUGCGAAUUGGAGGGUAGUCACCGAUUCGACCCCGUUAGGAAAAAGGUGGGAUGGGCUUUGUCGGAGUUGCAGAAACACCUACCUCAAGAAGUGGCCAGUAUGCGUCGCCUUAAGGCCGUGCAUGCGACGGAUGCUAACUCUUCUGAUGCUAAACGACGUGCUGCCAAGGCGCGCCAAGCAGCGAUCAUGAAGCAGUUUGCUGCACAACAGAAAAGUGUGCUGCUUCAUUUCGAAGAUGAGGGCGUGGACGAGGAAGAAAUGGAUGAGGUUGUGGAAACGAUGGAUCCAACGAAGCAAUAUGGUAGCUGCAUCGUGUGCCAAGAAGACCUCGACCAUAGCCGAGCCUACGGAGCGUUAGGGCUGGUUCAGCCCAGCCGGUUUCGACAUUCCAUGUCAGGAGACCGACCCUCUGAUUUGGCAGAUUCGAUUACUCUCCCAUUAUCUUUGGACGAAACCAUUCCAGCCCACGAACUUUCAAAUGAGCAUCCCUCCUCCAACUCCUUUGGUGCGUUCUCCCGUGAAGCGAUAUCAUUCGCCUUACACGGCUCGUUCUGUGGUCAUUUUAUGCAUGUGGAUUGCUUCAAGGUGUAUAAGAGUUCAAUCGAACAGCGGCAUUUGCAGCAGCCACAUAGAAAUCACGCAGAAAAAACUGACCGCGAAGAGUUCAUCUGUCCAUUGUGCAAAUCGUUGGGAAACGUCAUCCUACCCUUAUAUGACGAUCUCACUUUCAAACAGCCUAUUAUCCUUCCCCAAGUGUCGCUGUCAGAUUGGAUCAAGGGUGUCAGCCUUGGUUCAUCACGCACGAGUCAAGAUCACCAGGUAGAUGUCUAUUUGAGUAGUGAUGGCUCAGGAGAGCUCUCUUUCUGGACCGCAGAGGAUAGGGGAUAUCACGCCUCCAUUAUCGAUGACACAGAUUUCAUGGUUGAUAGCUUGCGGAUCGUAUCAGAGAUGAUCUCGCAGCAGUCAGGUCAUCUUCACGGCCGUUCAUUUCCAUCAUCCAGGGACCGAGCGGCAGGUUUAUACCUUCCGAAGCAUUUGGUAGCGAACUCGAUCGCAUGUGUCGAGAUAUCAAUACGUGGGGUGCCAAGGACCGGCGAUACAUUAGUAGAUAAUGUUGGCGAAUCUUCAAUCCACAUGAUUCGUUCCCUUUUGGUGUCGCUUAGAAGAUUGGCUUCGCUUCAGCUGACAGACCACGACGGGGGUCAGACGGCAAUCCACCGAACGCUUGUGAAGCGCCUUCUUCCCCAGUGCACGAGGGGCAAACUACGUUCACCAGUUCUUUUCCGUGAUCCGCUCACCAUUCUAGUUGAGGCAGCGGCAGUGGCGCCAGACAUGAUUCCAUACGUCACUUCUUUGAUGUUUUAUGCUAGCCUGGUGCGAAACUCCCUUGGAUUAAUAUCUUUCCUCUCCGACGACCCGAAGGUCACUUGUCCCCCAGUCCAUCUAGACAACGAGCAUCAGAAUAUUUUUGGCGAUUUUCGCCAAUUCGUGUUAUUGAUCACCCGUCACUCCCAUUCUUUGGACCGCACAGCUGAGCGGGUCCUGCACACAUACGAGUCAUAUUUCGACAAACUCUUGGUCACUUUAACUCUUCCAUUCUUGCGCCGCGCGGCAAUUCUAGUCCAUGCAGUCAACAGGGCUCUGCUGUUACCUGUCCCGCCAGCCAAGAAGUCGUCUUCUGAAUUCUUGCGCUUGCUUGAAGUGCUCCAAAUACCUCUUAUAGGAGAUUUGCACAAGCAUGAAGGUUUGCGGAGCGUGCUAGGAGGAUGGUGCUCAGCGUUUGGAGCGUUCUCCACUGCAACGACGGAUUGUAGUAUUUCGCUAGAGGUGCCGUUCGUUUAUCAUCUGGCUCGGCUUCCUUAUGCAUUGGACACCCUAUUUGCGGACCAAAGGACUCUCUUAUGCCAACGAUGCAGUACAGUUCCCGCGGACGCGGCGAUCUGCAUGUUUUGCGGUGUCAUCUGCUGCUACCAAAUGCAUUGUUGCACCGACAAAGAGCAGAGAAACGAGGGAGAGUGUAAUAUGCACACUAGGGAGUGUGGAGGGGUGGUUGGGUUAUAUUAUUGCGUGAAAAGAUGCGCUAUACUCUCCUUAUACGGCGGUUCGGGCACUCUCACGACGUCCCCGUAUCUGGACGAACAUGGGGAGACAGACUUCGCGAUGAGGCGGGGGCGACGUCAAUACUUGCAUCACCGAAGGAUGGAAGAGAUACGGAAGAUGUGGGUCAAUCAUGGCAUUCCCACUUUCGUGGCCCGUAAACUAGACUCGACAAUUGAUGUUGGUGGAUGGGAUAGUGUGUGAGGGGGAGGGGAGUGCAGGUGUGCGCCUGGCAGCGCCAUGAUAUCGACCUUUCUUUCCUCUAAGAAAUGACCAGUUGCAUAUCUGGCUCGACGCCAGGAGCAAACAGACGAAGACACGGCAUACAUAGCGACAGGGAAUCCUUUAGUUGCAGAGAACCCAGUCUCUCAUUUAUAGGUACAAUGGAAUGGGGAAUUAUUAAUACAUAAUGGACAAUGUAUCCCAGUAAGAAAGCUCCAGAAGACUGGAGACCAAUCAGAACAUACAUACACUAAUCAGAAAUAUAGCAACUCGGCGUU